AUGGUCAAAAAUUCUAAAAAUUUAUGGGUCCUAAAACAGUUCCCUGUGGCACACUUACUGCAGUGCUGGGGCGCCCUGGGCGGCGGGGGCGGGCGCGCGGGGGAGGCGGGCGCGGAGGCAGGCCCGCGCCCGCCGCGCCGCUACGACCAGCGCAGCUCCUUCAGCUCCACGCUGCUACUGCGAGACUGCUGGUCAUACGUGUCAAAUGCUUCACUUAAAUCCUAA